AUGGGUUCAAAGGGAAAGAGUAUCAGCUAUGGCAGCGACUCUGAAGAUGAUCAUGAUGAUCAGAAAAACACUGAAGAACCAGAAUUGGACCUUCCUCUUGAGAAGCUGAAUCUUGGUCCUAAGAAAAAAUUGCUUAUUAUGAACCUUAAUGGCUUUCUUCUCCACCGAGUUCAUGUUCGUAAUAAGAAAGGAAUUCCAAAAUCUCGAACUGCUGAUUGCAAAUAUCGUUACUUUCUUCUUUUUAAGAGGCCAUUUAGUGAAGAAUUUAUGAAAUUCUGCUUAGAAAGAUUUGAAGUUGGAAUCUGGUCUUCUGCAAUGGAACAUAACAUCGAUGGUGCUUUGAGCUGUGCUAUAGGAUCAUCAAAAGACAAGCUACUCUUUGUUUGGGACCAAGAUGAAUGUAUCGAUUCUGGUUAUAAAUCCUUGGAGAAUAACAAGAAACCUCUUUUUUUCAAAGACUUGAAAAAAGUGUGGACUAGAGUCAAGAAAGGAGGCCCAUAUUCUGCUGCUAAUACUUUGCUGAUUGAUGACAAACCCUACAAGGCUUUCCUUAAUCCUCCUAAUACAGCAAUUUUUACUGAGUCAUAUGAUGCAGAAGAUAAGCAUGACAAAGCAUUAGAUCCGGAAGGCGAACUAUGCAAGUACUUGAAAAAGCUAGCUGAGGCUGAAGAUGUUCAAUCAUAUGUGAAGGAAAAUGGUUUUGGAAUACCAGCAAUUACAAGCUCUCAUCCUGAUUGGGGUUUUUACUCGCGUGUUCGUUCAGUUUGCGUUAACAAAUAA